CAUGGAUAAAGGGAAGAAUCCUCUGUUGGAAGAUGAAGACAUGUUUUUUAUGCAUGGUUAUCAGCCUCAAUUUCCUGAUGGUGAAAACCUUGUUUCAAACAAUACUAGCUUUUAUGACAAACAUGAAGGUUCAGGCUCAGCCUUAGGCUCAGACUUGGGUUUAGGCUUGGUGGAUGGAACUUCUAUUUUGGAUGAAAUGGAGGAGGCCGAAGAGAAUUUCUUUUCGAAAUUCAUCAGCAUGAAUAUAGGUUUGAUUGAUUCGCCUGCUAUUGAAACUUCUUCUGUUGUACCAGCACCAUCAAAUCCUAUGGAUCCAUAUACUGAUCCUGUGCCCCAAGAGCAAGCUCCACCAGAAACAAUUGUUUCAUUACCAGCACCGGCAGGAUCCACUGAUGAUGCACCCCAACCAAUUGUACGGAGAUGCUUGUCUGCUGCAGCACUUGCAGAGAUAGCCCAACAUGAUCCGAAGCGAGCAAAGAGAAUUAUAACAAACAGAUUGUCAGCUGUGAGAGCGAAGGAGAAGAAGAAGCUUUAUAUUUGUAUGCUUGAACAUAAAUUACAAUGCUUGCUAUCAGAAAUGGAUGCAUUAUCAACCAAAUCUAACAUAAAUCAGAGAGACAACUAUUUCCUGAAGGCUGAAAGCAAUAGACUGAAAGAAAGUCUAGACAACAUGGAGCAGCUAAUGCGCUUGCAAGAUUUAUUGAAUGAUGAAAUGAAAAGGGAGAACGAAAUUUUGAAUCUAUUGAAGAACCAAGUUAUUGCCAAUGGUGGGACAAUGAUCAACUUCAUUGCAUCUUCUGAUAACAACCUUCAUGCAGUGGAUGUUCCAUUAGCAACACCUCAAUUUUCUCAGCUCCCAAUUCAGAUUCCAAACCAGGGCCAACAACCCCAGUAUCAUCCUCAACAGCAAAAUGGGCAAUCUUCCUAUCAAGUUGAACAUGAGCAGCAGGAACAACCUGGUCAAUUUGCACAGAAUCUGCAGCAAUAUCAAUCUCAAAUACAGAAUAAUCUGCAGGUAAUGCCCGAUCAUCUUCAACUACAACAAAACCAGCAACCAUUUGUUCAGCAAAUGCAAUUUGAGGACAGCAACAUAGGAGCAUAUCAUUCUAUGCCUUCUCCAAGUGCUAAUGGGAGAUGUAUUUAAGCAGUCAACAAUUAUUCCAAAUCAUAACUGGUUUCAUUUUCCGUGGCAUUAGUAUGUUUGGACAACGGUUUAUGGAAUUCACUUUUCAGGACUCUGGCAUAUCUUUUAUCCUAUUGUCUUCAUAAACGAAAAGAAAAAUGUAAGAAAACAUUUGAAGAUUGAAUAUUUUCUUUGGAUGACCUAUACCUAUUGAUUCCUGUAGGGGUGAAGUGCGUCUAUGUUGCACUAGUUGAUGGAUAUAGGCUCAUUGAGAGAUGCAAUCUUGCGUACAAUUUUUUACUUGGUUUGUCAUA